AUGACGUUCGAUCCGAGCAUUUCCCUGACUCUGCAGCUUCUCCGCGAGGACCUCGAGGGCCUCGAGAAUCAACAGAAAGGGAAGCAGGUAGCAGGCUGUCACACCGAUCUGGAAGUUGCUAUCCAGUGCAUGCGAGAAGAUAUAAUCGCCACGCAGACGUCCAUCGAGGACGGGAAAUUGGCCAUCAGCACGAGUAGCGCUGUUGCCAGCGAUCAGAAUGUGCUCGCGGCUAUCAAACAGGAUGAAGAUCUCGCGGAGCAGGAUCGUCGAUAUGCCCUUGCUCUUGGUCUCGGGGAUGAAGAGCAGACCGGCACUAUCACCCAUGAUGAUGAUGAUGAUGAGGAUGAUCAUGUCCCGGAGCUUCGUGAUAUUGAUUCCGUACCGAAAGUCCAGAACGACGAUGCGGUGUCCGUUGUCAUGAGCGAUUUGAUGAGUCGAGUAACUAUAUCCGAUGAGUCCGCGUCAAACGGCGAAGGCUCAUCGCGAGCGAUGAUCUCAUCUCAGUCCCAAAUAUCCGAUAUUCAAAAGGAAUGCGUCUCGUGUCUCGAGAGAGUCCACACGAUCAUGUUCCGAGGAAGAUGCGGCCACGAGUUCUGUCGCGAUUGUGUGAGACAGAUGUUUCUCGGGGCGACCAAGGACGAAGAGCUGUAUCCGCCUCGGUGUUGCGGUGCGGUGGUGCCGCCCGGUGUUGCUUUACGGGUUCUGCACUAUGACGAGCUGCGGGCUUUCAGCGAACGGGCGAUGGAAUGGACCGCCAAAGACCGCCUAUACUGCGCGGACCCGACGUGUUCGAGAUUUAUCCCACCGUUUUCGAUUGAAGAUGAGCUGGGGACUUGUGAGAGCUGUAAGCAGCAGACGCAUUUGACGUGUCGUUCCCUGGCACAUCCCGGCAUUGACUGCCCGAUGGACGAGGCGCUUCACACCGUGUUGGAAAUGGCGGACAGUGAGAACUGGAGAAGAUGCUUUCAUUGCCAGACGAUGGUGGAGCUGCAGCAUGGCUGUAACCAUAUUACUUGUCGUUGUGGACGAGAAUUCUGUUACAUCUGCGGGCGAGUUUGGAGAACAUGCGAUUGCCCACUUUGGCACGAGAACCGGCUUAUAGAUAUGGCCAACCAGGGUGUCGAUGAGGAGCUUCCUCCCAACGCUAAUGAAUUGUCGCAUGAGGGCCUGUAA